AUGGGGCUGGCGGAGGCCAUGAGGGAUGCGCUUGGCGCCACUACCGAUGGGAGGGGUGUCGUUGACAAGCUAGAUAUUGCCACGGCGGCACAUUCCUCGCAAAAUCACUACCCCUUCCUCUUCCCCCCUGUCCCUUUUCCUCUUAUCCUCUCUCCCCCUUUUGUCCCCUUCUUCUCAGCUCCUCACCUGCUUCUACGGAUAUUCCUGCCCCUGCGGCACUGUCUUCCUCACAUCCCUCGACCCACUGCCCCGUCCUCGUUUCUGCCCCUACUGAACUCGUCUCAUCAAUGCACUGCUCGCCCCCUCUCCCCCCCCUUUACCCCCACCUCCGCACCUGCUUCUCCUACUCGGACUUCUAGCCCACAGCUCAACACAUUCCUCUCCCACGCCAGCGUCUGCCCCACGGAUUCCUGCCCCUUUGGUGGCGCUGCACUGCUCUCCCACCUCCGCACCUGCGUCUCCUACACCAACUUCUGCUGCCCCUCGGACUCCCACCCCUUCGGCACUGUCUUGCACAUCCCUCUCAUAAGCCACUCCCCACUGCUUGCCAACGCAGCACCAGGCCCUCUCGAACCCUUCUCUUACCCCCUCCCCUCGUGUUACCUGUACGCCCUCCGCUUUCACUUACCCGCUCCCGCAACUUUACCUAUCCCCCAUCUGCUUACCCCUUCUUUUAUCUUGCACCUCUCCCUCCGCUUACCUGCUCUCCCUCUUCCCCUUCCCUUACCCCCUUCCCGUCCCCCUUCCCUUACCCGCUCCUCUUUCCCGCUACCCACUCCCUCUCUCUUUAUCCCCUCCCUCUACCCGUACCCUUUCCCAUUCCAGGCGCCAGGCUCUGCCGCGACCCUUCUUGCGACUCGUUCCCGGCGAAAUCAAACCGCGUGGGCUGAUUGGAAUGGCUGGCUGGAUUGCGAUGUGCGUGCACGGUGCCGGCAUCACCACGCCGCGCGUGUGUCAAGGUGCACGAUGACCGCGCCGUGCCCCACCUGGAUGAUGAUUGCCCCCCAGGGUACCUCUCCGCACCUGUUACUCCUAGCUGACCCACUGCACUGA